AUCGCAGCAAAAGCCGAAGCAGAUUCCCCAAACCCUCCUCUCCUUUUUCUCCCCUUUCCCUUCUCUCUCUCGCUCUAUAUCUCUCAUUCCCCUCUCUCUCUCUCUCUCUCUCUCUCUCUCUCUCUCUCUCUAAACCAUUGUCGCCAUUGCGAUGGCUUCGUCGUCGUCUUCUUCUUCUAGCUCGGGUAAUGGAUACGACUACUCGUUCAAGAUACUGUUGAUCGGGGACUCGGGAGUGGGGAAGAGUAGCAUCCUCAACAGCUUCAUCUCAAAUCAUGUCGAGGAGCCCGCCCCCACCAUCGGAGUGGAUUUUAAAAUCAAGGUUCUUACAGUUGGAAAGAAGCUUAAGCUCACAAUAUGGGAUACUGCCGGACAGGAGAGGUUCAGGACACUAACGACUUCUUACUAUAGAGGUGCUCAUGGAAUCAUUCUAGUUUAUGACGUGACACGACGAGAAACUUUUACAAAUUUAGCGGAAAUAUGGGCCAAGGAAAUCGAGUUGUACUCCACAAAUAAAGAUUGCAUCAAAAUGCUUGUUGGGAAUAAAGUUGACAAGGAGAAUGAAAGAAAGGUGACAAGGGAAGAGGGAGCUGCUUUUGCGCAACAGUCUGGUUGUCUGUUCCUUGAGUGCAGCGCGAAAACACAGGAAAAUGUGGAGAAAUGUUUUGAAGAACUUGCAUUGAAGAUUCUGGAGGUUUCAAAUCCCCAGGACGAGGGGCCGUCGGCUGCUGCGAGGAACAUGUUGAAACAGAAACAGGAGAAUAAUGGCGGGGCGUGUUGCUCAUGAGCAACACAAGGUUCUAACAUCACACUUGAUCAGAUCAAAAUAUACUGAUAUUAUUAUACAUUGUAAAUCAGCUGUGUUUGCCUCUACUUUGGUGUUGUUGGUGCUUGCAUGAAUCUUUUGCGGCCUAACUUCGAAUGACGAAAACUAGAUUGUAUACAAAUCAUCUUAAGUUAUCUAAUGUGAUUGAAUAUUGUAAAUUUGUGUCA